GAGGUGGGCGGAGUCUUCGUCCGGCCCUCGCCCCCUCCUCGGAAGUGGACACUCGCUGUCUACAUUCCCCUUAUUUAAUUUUUCAUAUUUCGCAGCGAAACCCCCCAAUGGAAGGCAAGAUGGACGAUUAAGCCGAACGCGGUCCCCCUGAUUUCACCCUUCAUUUGUCAAUGAACUGAGAGGACCGGAUGAAAUCCAGCUGGGGUUUUCUCCGCUUUGCAGGGGAGGUAUCUGUAUCCAGUGGGGAGGAAGGCUUAACCUGGGGGAGAAAGAAUGAAGUUCACCGAACCCUGGGGAGUCCACAGGCUGGCUUUUCUUCUGGAAAAGGCCAUGUCGAGGGAAGCCAAGAUGUGGAAGGGCGACUUGCCAAAGAAGCCCUCCUCACAGGAUACAGAUAUCUCUCCUACUCAGCGGGACGAGGCUGUGUGCUGGCUUACGGAGCUCCACAGUAGGCUGCAGCUGUACCCAGAAACAUUGGUGUUAGCUGUUAGCAUACUGGACCGUUUCCUUUCUUCCAUCAAGGCCCGUCCAAAGUAUCUGCGCUGCAUUGCCAUUGCCUCCUUUUUUCUGGCUAUCAAGACCUGUGAGGAGGAUGAGUGUGUGCCCUCUCUGAGCAAGUUGGCUUCUUCCUGCAACUGUGGCUGUUCCCCAUCUGAGAUCCUAAGGAUGGAAAGAAUUAUUCUUGACAAGCUGAACUGGGAUCUGCACAAUGCCACGUCGUUGCACUUUCUGCACAUAUUCCAUGCAAUGGUGUUGUCAUGUUCUUCUGGGCUUUUGGACACCUUGAUGGGACUGAAGCGAUCUCAGCACCUCGCCCUCCUCACGCGCCGACUCUACCACUGCUUGGCGGAUCACAAACUCAUCAAGCUGAGAGGAUCCAUGCUGGCCUUGGCCAUCCUCACUUUGGAACUGGAGACGUGCUGUCGUGACUGGCUGGCUCUCACCAUCGAGCUGCUAAAGAAGGCACAGAUCGACACUUCUGAGUUGAUCCGGAGUCGAGAGCUUGUUGCUUGUAGUCUUUCUGCACUGAGAGCACCCUUGCUUCCAAACACCGUCUACAUCUACCAAGCCUAUCGCAGCCAGGAGCCUCUGGGGCGCGUGGCCACCUCCACACAGUCUUCCUCCCCAGCUGGAGAGGAGGGAGGAUGCCAGCAGCCCUGUGGCUCUCUCCUCUCCUCCAACCACAGCAGCCUCCCAGCUCUCCUCGCUCCUCCCAAACCUUUCUAUCACCUUCACCACCUGCAAAGGCUCACGCUGCGCUGCAAGAGCUCCACAAAGCGAAAGGUGGAGGAGAUGGAGGUGGAUGAUUUCUAUGAUGGCAUCAAGCGCUUGUACAACGAAGACAACACCACCACCCUUGCCCAGGAGGGGGCGCCAUUUGUGAGGGGGGCAACAACAACAACAACCACACCACCACCAGCAGGUGAAAGAGAGGGAGGUCGCUCCUCCCCCUGCCCGCCGCUGCAGCCAGUCUGUGCCUCCUAAAGCGGCCGUGCUCGUCUCAACCAUCUCGUCGCUCACGUUAGUCGACAUUGUCAGACAUUCGGCGUUGACAUGCUCAACAAAUGUAACCUCUGACAUAGAAAAUGUGACGUGGAUGGUUUUGGUCGGCACACAUCUGUUUUGUGUUUAGACCUGAGCGUCCAUCAGACCCUUCAGCCAGAAAACAAGAGCAACAAAAAUAAUUAAAACCUUCUAUUCUUUCUUCGUUACAGUUGACACAAAUACAAAAAAAGUAAAUAAACAUAAAAAAUAU